AUGCUCCCUCCCAGCAAAAGCGUCCUCGGACCCAAACCUAAAAACUCCACCGAUAGGUCCUACCCUCACACGGCUGAGCGUGAUGGGGCAGGCUCGAAGGACAGGGAUGCUAGGCUCUGGGCUGAGAAAUGUUGGCCUGUUGUUACAGAGUCGUUGUACAUUGGACGAAAGGAGAAGAGAAGGGAAAGAUCAGAUAAAAUGACGGAUCCGAGAGAUGUUCAUUACGAAGAGGAGGAAACGCCCAUUGAUGAGCAACUCAUAUCUGCCAUAAAGUACAAUUCGGUUGGAACCUUCAACACAGUCUUAGAACGCUUCGAUAGCCCGGAAGCUGCUGUUGAAUACCUGAAUACACACGCCUUGGCAUACAGAUACCAGGAUCGGGUUGUGAAAAAGGAAGCUGGAAAUGUUGCUGCUCAUGUUGCUGCCUCUCUUGGACAAGAUAAAAUAAUCGAUGAGCUUCUCGGUCAAGACGGAUUUGAAUGUGAUCCCCGCAACAGCAUCGGUGAUACACCUCUCCACUGCGCCGUUAGAUGGAUCAACAAAGAAGGUCGAGUCAAUAAAAUGGGAAGAAGUGUUUGGGACGACGGUCUUGAAAUGAUCAAGAUGAUGCUCCGCGACGGCAGCGAUCCGCGAAUUCGCAACAAAGAUGGACAUAGAGCCGAAGAUUUAGUCAAUCCUGAAAACACCCAACUGAAAAAAGUUUUUGCAGACUUCGAGUUUGAGCCACCUUCAGAUGAAGAGGAAGAGGAAGAGCCUGCUUCUAAGAAGAACGGAUAUGAUUAUGCGGAUUUGGUUGAUGGUGAUGUCGGGGAUGAUGAUGAUGUUGGGAGUGUAUACAGUGGGAGUGAUAGUGAAGAGGAACAAGAGUGGCAAAGACGCCGAGCUGAGAAGUCUGGCAAAUAA